CAAACACCUUUCACCAUGUCCAAGAACACCAUCAAGUCGCGUGACGAACUUCUUGACAUGUUCCGCAACGAGUUAAUCGAACUCAUCGCCAUGACCAUCCAGUGCGAAGGCCAUCCAGAAGUGUUGGAAUAUUCCCAGGAAAUGGAAAACAUUCCCCAGAAACUCUUUUUCAUUCUCCCAGAGUACUCAACGUACACCUUGACAAUCAAGUAUCGUGUGACCGCAAAACCGCUUGUGAAACUCACUUACUACCAAGUGGUGAAAAAAGGAGGAAUUCCAUUCAAAAGCCGAAAGGAGGAAAUUGCAAAUACUGCCGUCACCAAUGACGACACCAACCCACACCACACGGUGACAUUCCCGCCGGACGAUAUUCCUGGCGGGACAUUUAUUAGAGGAACAUACCCAGCGGUUCUGACGUUUUACGCGGAAGGAAAACCGAUAUUCUCGACGGAGUGGGCUAUUAAGGUUGUCAAACGUGGGACUCAGCCGCUGAUUGGAUACUAGGUCCAUGUUAAUGUGUAAAUAAUGUAUAACGAAGAAG